AUGAAAACUGAUAAUUCUGGCACCAUCAUCGAAAAACAUCGGCCAGAUCUCACAUCUUACGAGGGCAUCUAUCGUGAUAUACAUGUAUCACCGGAGCUGUCCGGGGACGAGAAGCAAACAUCAAGCUUAGUGGAAAACCAUCUCAGGGGUCUGGGGUUCGAGGUUCAUGCAAACAUCGGGGGCUUCGGGGUUGCCGGAGUUCUGCGUAAUGGGCCAGGCGCCACUAUAUUACUCCGGGCGGACAUGGAUGCCUUGCCCAUGAAAGAGAAGACAGGACUGCCCUAUGCAAGCAAACGAGUGGCCAAAGACACAGAUGGGAGUGAACGACCCGUGGCGCACGCCUGUGGGCAUGAUUUCCACAUCGUGAGCUUGAUGGCUAGUGCAGCUCUACUUUGUUCAGCUCGCGAAGAAUGGACAGGUACCUUAAUUUGCGUGUUCCAGCCCGCCGAAGAAACACUGUCGGGAGCACAGGCAAUGGUUGACGACGGCCUAUUUGAUAAGAUUCCGAAACCGGAUCUGGUCCUCGCUCAGCAUGUAAUGUGCAUGAGAGCCGGCCAAGUGAGCGUCCGCAGCGGUCACCUUCUGACUGCUGCCGACUCGUUUGAAGUUCGGAUUACUGGACGGGGUGGUCACUCGUCUGCCCCUCACGCCUGUAUUGACGCAGUCGUCAUCGGCGCUGCGGUUGUGUCUCGCCUGCAGACCAUCGUGAGUCGCGAGGUUAAUCCCUACGACUUGGCAAUUGUCUCGUGUGGAAGCAUCAACGCAGGCUACAACGCUAAUAUUAUACCGGACGAGUGUAUCAUCCGAAUUAAUGUGAGGACCUACAACCCCAGGACGCGUCAGCGCGUGAUCGAGUCAAUCAAGCGCAUAAUUCAAGCAGAAUGUAUGGCCUCGGGUGCCACUCAGGAGCCUACAAUCAAGUCCAUCACAUCGGCUCCUGCUACAAUCAAUGAUGAUAAAGUUGCCACCACUCUGAAGCAAGUACUUGGCUCCUUCUUCCAGAAGAAUUUCGUUGAGAGUGAGCCAGCCACUGCAAGCGAGGACUUCUCUCUCUUGGCCGUCGCAGCGGACGCUCCCUAUGUUAUGUGGACGUUUGGCGGCAUCGAGGAAAAAACCUGGGACGAUGCGAUUGAAAGGGAUUCUCUUCAUGAGCUGGCCGGCAAUCACUCCCCUUACUUUGCUCCGGUGCUGCAACCAACCUUGAAAACGGGAGUAGACGCCAUGUCCAUCAGCGCCUUACACUUUCUGCAAAACCGUUCUUCAGCUUGA